AUGGUGCACAAUCUCAUGUUCACCACGUCCAUCCUCCUAUGUCUGUCAUCUUUCAUCGGCAUGAUUGGCAAUCUCAUCGUCCUCUUUGCCUUCAUCAGCAAUGCGAUCCGAAACAAAGUGUUGCAGCCUUUGGACCGGAUCAUCAUCAACAUGGCUCUGGUGAACUUCCUUCUCUGCUGCUAUAAGAUCAUACCUGGCUUACUUGUUUAUACCAGUACCAAAGUUGUGGGUGAGCUGGGCUGCAGGAUACUUCUCUAUUCGUACCAUACAUUGAGGCUGGUCAGCAUCUGGUCUGUGGAGAACCUAAGUUUUCUUCAUCUCAUCAAGAUCCGAAGGCCCAACCUCCAGUGGUCAAAGUUCAUCCAUCGGCACCAGGGACGAUACGUCAACAGCACCCUUGCCGGUUGUUGGAUAUUCAGUAUCCUCUUACACAUUUCAUAUUUGCAGUAUGAGAGAACAGUAGCCAGGGACAAUGAAACUAUAAUUUUCCUGACAACUUCAACAUGCCUGGGAUGCGCAGAGAGUUUUGCCAUGAAGCUCACCACGUAUAUGUCCAUCACUGUGGACCUCAUCCUGGUUGUGUUAGUCAUUGUCCUCAACGGCUUCAUUAUUGACCUCCUCUAUAAGCACAACCGGAAGGUGGAAGUCACUACCUCAAUCGCCAGCAGCUGCUGGAACAAGCACACUGCCCAGGCCACAAAAGUCUUGCUGUCCUUGCUCUGCAUAUAUGUGGUCUGCUGGAUCUCCAAUGACAUGGUGUGGAUAGCCAUCAUGUCUGGGUACAUCAAGAGCAAUUUUGAGAACAGCAUCCUCAACGAACUCUAUGCAAUCCUGUCUUCUGUUUAUUACUCGGCCAGUUCAUACGUUGUGGUGUUUGGCUACAGAAAAGUCAGAGAGUACCUUAUUGAAUCCUGCUGGUGUUGCAGAUAUAAAAGAUCCACCAUGGUUCAAAGCAUGUCUUAG